AACUGCAAAUUACUAACAUGGCGCUCCACAGCACACUUUGUCGCAUAACAUGACGUGUUGAACAAAAAAAAAAAAUACAUCAACGUUGUUCCAGGCGCAUUCUCCCGAGUGGUGUGUGUUUGCAAAAGUGAGUACACUGAAAAUCAUAUUAUAAGGCGUGUAUCUUUAAAGUCAGGCUUGGGAAUCGGAUUUUACACCUCUGGUGUGUUUCCGAGGAGCGAAUCCCAAGCUAUAGAGCACAGGUAAGAAAGUAACGUCAUGCAACGUAAAGUGAGCUCUUCGAAACGAAACGCAGCCUGGACUGUGUGACUACAGUGCAAACACAUUACUGCAGCUACAAAAUUAAACUACAAAAAAAAGAAAAAAAAAAGAAACGUGUAUUAAACAUACGACAUCAUGUUUAAUGUUUUGUGUAUUAUUGUUGUUGUUAUCAAUUCCCCGUGUCAAAUAAUCCAGUAUUCAUGAGACAUUUUGCUAUUUACAGUUACAGUGCUAGAUCGACUUGGAACUGAAGAGCACAGAUACAUUCAGUCUGGGUUCAUUGUGUGUUUUCUUUAUCAUCAGUGACCAGCCCUGUGCAGGAGAAAACACUGUGCACCAUUAACCUUCAUCAGCCUUGUGUGACGGUGGAGAGAGGGACACACAGAGGAGAACUAGAGGACGCCCAUCCCUCACUCGUGGUUUUUUAACUCUGUUCUGCUGCUACUUUGAAGACAUGGAAAAUUCAUCUCCCCGUGGGUUUAUCUUGUGCGCUUGUGGCAAGCACAGGUACGCUUCUACUGAUUCUCACGGGAGCUGCAUGCACUGCUUGGGCUUGGAACAUGCCAAAUCAUCUGUGUCAGAACGUGGCAAGUGCCCUCACUGUGCCAAGUUUCAACGGCGUGCAUGCCACAAGCGCCUGUCUAAGGUUCGAAAGUUCCUAAACCAGAUGACUAGUGAUAAGAAGACUAUUCCUCCUAAACCUGACCCUUUAAAGGCUGUGGUGAGUACACCGGCCAAGGUCACUUUACCAGCAGUGAUGAAGAAAAGCCCACAGACAGAUGCACCCAGUCAGCCCUCCAUGGUGCUAUUCUCUACUCUAUCCACCGCCACAUCCACACUGACGCCACAGUCAUCCACACUCCCCAUGGUGUUCACAAUUCGUUCACCUGCUUCCACGUCUUCAGUGCAACACGUGGCACCAGCCCAUGAACCAAAAAGGGAGAAUAAUACAGGGACAGAACGGCGCUCCAGUAAUUCAGAGCGGCGCUCCAGUAAUUCUGGCUCUAAAAGCCAUUCGCACAGAGGCUCCCACAAGAGGAGGCACUCAUCAGAACGUCGAUCUAGACACUUCAGGCAGUCCCAGCAUGCCAGGCGGUCUCAUGGACUUACUCAUGCCCGCUCUAACUCCCCCUCCUCCUCUUACUCUUCUUAUUCCAGCUCGUCAGACCGCUUCUCCCCUAAGAAAGAGAUCAGCUCCCGGCUGUUGGCCCGGUUCUCUGACAUGCUAAAGAAGCAGCGAUCGCAGCUGCUGGAUGUCAUGCACUUGCAGCUGCAAGCACUACAGCAGUCCAUGCAGGCCCAGCGGGACUCUAUGGAACAACGAGUCGAAGCCCUUGAGAAAAAGCAAAAAAAGUUCUUGUCUGCACCUUCUGUGAUGCAAACACAAUCCUUGGGCUCAACCCAGGAUACAGAUUUUGCACAUGACGAUACCUUCAGACCAGAAGCUGAGCCGACGUGCAAGGAUUGGUCAGGAUCCACAGCAUCAAUGGAUUCUGACACAAUUACUGUGAAAAUUGAGGAGGAUCCAAUUUCAAUUGUGGCUGGCUAUAGUAUGGAGGAAGGGGGGGACGAUGAAGAUAAUGGUGAUAGUGAAGAUGCUUCCCUGCUCCCGGAUGUUACCCCUUCCAUGCAAGAACUUCUUUUGGCAGAUGACUUGCAAAGUCUGAUCUGUCGUGCAGCUGAAUACCUGGGAAUUGAUUUCCCGGCAGUACCAGGAAGAUUGACAGCACCAGAUCCAACCAUGGUACCGGAGUUCGAAAACCUAGUACAGAGCACAUGGUCAAACCCAGCUUCAUCCAGACCCUUCAAGGAGGUCCAUUCUAAGAUGUACAGCUUGCAUGAAUGCCAGGCUCCUGCCUAUGACAGAAUGCCUCAGGUGAGUGGGCUCAUGUCAGCAAUCUUUCAGGCUGUGAAGCCAACAGAUAGUAAAGAGGCUCCUGCCCCUACAAAGCAGUGGCGGUUCACAGAGGCGCUUGCAGAACGAGUUUAUCAAACUGCUGGUAUGCUGGCCAGGACUGCAAACUAUCUCCGGUACCUGUCAGAUUAUCAGACACGCCUGCUUGAUGAGAUCACUGGCGAAGCACCUGCGCCACGCUUGCAGGCAGUCCUGAACGAACUGAAACUUAUUGCCCAGUUCAGCCUCCAACUGUCCUCUCAUCAGGCUGAGCUUUCUGGUAGGGCAAUGGCAUGUUCAGUAGCCAUCCGUCGACAAGUUUGGAUGGCUAACGCCAAGUAUACUGAUGCUCUGAAGGCAACUGUCGCAGACUUGCCCUUUGUAGUUGGCCACACGUUUGGGCCUCAUGUAGAUGCAGCUUUUAACGACCUGGUUUGCAAGCAGGCAUUGUAAUUAAAUCAUUAGUAGAUUUAGAUGCCUGUACAGUAUUUCCCUGUUAAGGAAGUUCCAAAUGUUACUACUGAGAUGAGCCUUGUGCCUGAUUCUGUUUAUAUAUACAAACAGUCACUAUUUGCUUGGUUUACUUAAACCCAGGAAUUUCUCCAAUCCUGUUAUAUCUACUCAUGGUAGUGCAUCUAUAUUGACGCUGACCAGAAAAUGUGAAAAUCAGAUUGUGUGGUUAGUCAGGUGAAAUCAGUUUCAGAAUGAAUGUGUCUUAACAUAAUAAUCUUUUGGCAUCUCUACUGUAUAAAGUAUGUGCUGUAUGUGUAACUGUUAGGGGUGUGCCACUAGUUUCAAAGUAAUUGUCUUUAAGAAAAUUGAAGUUGUUAGGUUAAAGUAAAUUGAAUAAAACAGUGCAACCUUUGUCUUAUCUUUUAUCCUUUUGAUAU